AUGGAGGAGGGAGAGAGGAAUGGCACCCUCCCCACCUGCAGCUGCGCACCAACAUCAGCCCAGUCACAUUUGGACUCCAGAACUGCGCGCCCAUUAUGAAGGAGCUCCUGGAGAGCGACUCGUAGAGCUAAACCACUCGGUGCCUCCUCCGCUCCAUUGUCCCCCUCUCACUUUUAUGCACUGGGAGAUGGAUUCCAGGCUGCUGAUUGGACCGGAGAUGCACACGCCGGACCCGGUAGCUGGAGCACCGUGGAACAUGAGCUCCAUCAGUCCACACCGGCUCAUGGACCUGGUCCCGAUCGCCACAGCGGGCUCCGUGGCCCCAAGCCACCCUUUCCCGACGGUAGACGUCCCAGACCACGCCCACUACACCAUCGGGGUUGUCAUCCUUGCCGUGGGCAUCACAGGCAUCCUGGGGAACUUUUUGGUCAUUUAUGCCUUCUGCAGAAGCCAAAGCCUGCGGACGCCAUCCAACAUCUUUAUCAUUAAUUUAGCCAUCACAGACUUCUUCAUGUGUCUGACUCAGACGCCCACCUUCUUCAUUACCAGCAUGCACAAGAGAUGGGUCUUCGGAAAGAAAGGGUGCGAACUGUACGCCUUCUGCGGCGCCCUCUUUGGCAUCUGCAGCAUGAUGACGCUGAUGGUGAUUGCCGUGGACCGUUACGUGGUGAUCACCAAGCCGCUGGCCUCACUGGGCGCCAUGUCUCGCAGGAAAGCCCUGAGCAUCAUGGCCGCUACUUGGCUCUACUCCAUGGGUUGGAGCCUGCCGCCAUUCUUUGGAUGGAGUGCUUACAUCCCUGAGGGUUUAAUGACGUCUUGCUCGUGGGACUACAUGACAUUCACGCCCUCGGUGCGCUCUUACACCAUGCUGCUCUUCACCUUUGUCUUCUUCAUCCCACUCUCAGUCAUCAUCUUCUGCUACUGCUGCAUCUUCAGGGCCAUCAGACACACGACCCAGGCCUUUGAAAAAAUCCAUUGCGGGGGCACUAGAAACUCCGUUAAGAGGUUCCACAGGAUGAAAAGCGAGUGGAAGAUGGCCAAGAUCGCACUGAUUGUCAUCCUGCUCUUUGUUGUUUCCUGGGCGCCGUACUCCUGCGUGGCUCUCACCGCAUUCGCUGGGUACGCCGACCUGCUGACCCCCUACAUGAACUCUGUGCCAGCUGUGAUCGCCAAAGCGUCGGCCAUUCACAACCCAAUCAUAUACGCCAUCACGCACCCCAAAUACAGGUCGGCCAUCAGCAGGUACGUGCCCUACCUGGGCGUGCUGCUCUGCAUCAGGGGCCGGGACCGCUUCAACAGCAGCAGCAGCUUCCAGUCCACCCGCCGCUCCACCCUCACCAGCCAAUCGGAAAGUCGCCGCCACUGCAGGCCAGCCCGCUCCUCGCAGUCAGACAGCGAAUCAGCCCACUUCGCCGACAUGGACGAGGACACUUCCUUUCAAACGCCGGUUAAUCAUCAAUUGUCCUCUGACGUCAAGGAUGGGCGCCAUUCCAGCCAGAGGUUAAAGAUUGCCAAAGAACCUGAAGAUAUCUCCAUGUCGGACCUCAGCAUCCUACCACAGAACCCCAAUCAUCUUCCUGCCAGUUUGGGUCGGACAGCGAACGAGCCAGGCCUGUGCACAGUCUGUAAGACGUCCCCUGCCGUCAUCGUCACCUCCAUAUCCAGCCCGUCUAUACUGCACAGUCCACCUGGUUUCCAGGGCAACCUCAAGCUGACCAAAACUUACAGCCCUGUCGCUAAAGAGUCCCUUGACAGGGGCAGACUGAAGACCACCAUGACAGCAUAAGCAAGUGUGUAAACAUGUUUCCUCCUUGGCACUUGGCGCUAACGUACAGCCAGAACAAAGGAUAGCUUUUUUAUGUUUGUUUCAGUGCUUCAUAGUUUUGGGUCUGGUUCUGCUAAAUCUGCAUCUAAAGCGGCGUAGUUUAAAGCUGGUACAUCCUACAAUUAUGAAUUUGCGCUAUAAAACUCUUCUCCUCCUGAAGUGCUGCACACAAAAGUGAAAAUUGGUCAAGACAUUUUUCCGACAAAGGCACCUUAAUAAUGCUGUUAUUAAACCCCAUUGAAAUGAAAAUUCUCACAUACAAGACGCCCACUGUGACUUUAAGGUGUUUAUCCGAAUCACCAGGAAAUAUGGUACACACCUGUAGGGGACUGACAAGCGUGUGUAACUUGUGAGUAAAAUAAAAAAAAUUCAAAAGAUUAAAACAUCAACCAACACGUCUUUGCAGGGGCACCUAACUAAUUGCCCAAAAAUCGUUGACUGUUUAUCUAAUGCAAGGGUGUCCAAAGUGCGGCCUGGGGGACAUAUGUGGCUGUUUUUUAUUGGCCCAUGGCACAUUAAAAAAAUUUAAUUUUACUUUUUCAAAAAGCAGUAAAAAUGGAAAUUUUACAAGUAAAAAUGUAAGAGAAAAAAGCUCUACUCUAACAAGAAAAAAUGUUUAGGAGAAUAACAUUGUAAUAUGAGGAAAAAUAUCAUUUCAGUAGCAUAAAGUUGAAAUAUUAAAGAAAAAUACUUUUUUAAAAUACAUUUGAGAAAACAAAACAAGUUGUAAUUUUUGGAAAAUUAUGUUGCGGAAAGAAAUAUUUGAGAAUGAAGUCAAAAUAUGGGAAUAUUACAGUAAAAAAGUUGAAAUAGUUGGAAAAUGAAAAUAACAACACCCAAGGUCACCUUACACACUAUAAGAUGAUCACAAUAGAGCAUUCAAUAAAAUAACAAUACAAAAGGAAGAACAGCCUGAGAUACAAUACUAAAAAUCCUAGGUAAAGAGAAAUAAGCAGUUAUGAACAGGUGUGUUUUAAGUUGUGAUUUAAAAAUAUCGACAGAGUCCAGUAGACGGAUGUAUAGUGGAAGAUAACAUAAGAUAAGAUAAGAUAUGACUUUAUUAGUCCCACAAGGAGAAGAGCGUUCCAAAGUCUGGGUGCUGAGCAGCUGAAAACCCGAGCACCAAAUGUAGUCAUAGGAGGAGUUUAUAUUGAAUGUGCUGUAGGACAAGAAGCCAAUGGAGCUUGUGUUUUUAUCGUUUUUCCACUGUUGUGUUGAAAAGCAUGGCGUGGGAGAGGAAUUAUUUGCUCAGUCUUUCGGUGGAGCAGGACAGUGAUAGUAAUCUGCCACUGAAACUGCUCGUUUGUUGGGAAAUGAUGCUGUGCAUUUGAAGAUGCUGGUUGUCCAUGAUGGAAAGGAGCCUCCUCAGUGUCCACAGAUGUCAGGCUGUCCAGCUCAGUGCCAAUGACAGAGGCUGCCUUCCUCACCAGUUUGUCCAGGCAUGUGGCGUCCUUCUUCUUGAGGCUGCUCCCCCAGCACGCUACUGCAUACAGGAGACACUAGCUACCACAGUCUGGUAGAAGAUCUUUAGCAGCUUCUUGCAUACGUUGAGGGACGCCAGCCAUCAAUCCAGUCCAGUUUAUCAUCCAGAUGCACUCCCACAAGUAUUUAGUGAUGGUAACAAUUCUGGCAGCACAGUUUUGAAUAAGCUGAAGUUGAUGGCUGAGUUUCAGUGGAAGACCCGUGAGAAGGGCAUACAGUAAUCAAGGCGAUAGGUGAGGGAGAGAGAGGGACAAAGUCGAGAGAUGUAGCGAAGAUGUACGUGAAAUAUUAUUAAUGCAGUAUUUGAAUGAUAGUGUGCUGUCAAGGAUGACUCCGAGACUCUUGACCUGAGAAACAGUCAGAACUAAACAGCCAUCGAUUUCAAUAUUGAGGGAAUGGGCCUUGGAGAGUGUUGACUUAGAGACUUAGAGCAUAUUCGUGGACAUCCUGUUAGUGAUGGCCUGGAGACAGUCUGUAAGGCCAGUAGGGGGUGAUCUUGAGGAGGGCUUGGUUGCAAGAUAGAUUUGAGUGUCAUUAGCGUAACAAUGAAAACGGAUGUCAAUAUAACGAAAAAUAUUGCCUAGGGGAAGAAGAUAAAUUAUAAAAAGUAGGGGACCGAGGACUGAACCUUGGAGGACACCGUGAAUGAUUGGUGUGCAUGAAGAUUUUAACAUUAUGACCUUGAAUAAAUUGCAAACGGUUGGACAUGUAAGAAUUGAACCACUGUAGAGCUGUGCCAGAGACCCCAACGCAGGCUAAACAAUCCAGGAGAACAAUGUGCGAUAUUAUGUCAAAAGCUGUGCUUUCUUUUUUAAAAAAACAUUUUUGACAUUUUAGAGAAAAAACCCUAUUACAAUUUCUGUGCAAACAGAAAGUGUCUCUACAAAUAUUUUACACGUGUGUUUGUCAGUCCCCUAAUGGCGUGCACCAAAUUUUGUGGCAAUUCAGCCAAACAGCCUAAAGUUAUAGUAGGUGUUUGCGUUGAGCUGUGUGAGCAAUUUCACAUCAAUGCAACUGGUGGAGUUGCAACUCCACCAGUUGCAACUCCACCAUUGAUAGCAGCGCCACCAUGUGGUGUAUUUGUCAGGAAAAUAAUAGCACAGGCAAGACAGUACACGUUUUGACACGUUUUCACCCUUUUGUGUGCCGCGCUACAGGAGUAGAAGCAUUAGCUAAUGUAACGGAUGCCAGCCUGUGAGGCUGUGCGAGUGUACGUUGGUAAACCUCACUCCCUCUGCCUCAAGAGCUGCGCUGAACACACGGCCGACAGUUUGGGCUUUUAGUUGCGUGGUCAGCGCCCUCGCCUCCCAUUACGAAGGUCUUGUGUUCAAGCCCCGGUGCGGGCAGGUGCGAAACAGGGCGGGUUACACUAACAUAAACAAAUACUUUGCCUGCAGUGUGAAGUCACCAACUGGGUGGAAACAUUGGGCCUCAUUCACGAACAUCUUCUUAAAAGUCUUCUUAAGAAGGCGUGGGUUGGAAACUGCGCCACAUUCACGACACGUUCUUAAGUAGGGAUAAUCGUUUGCACCGGUGUUCUUAGGUUGAUGAAUGCCAACUGCGAUGCCCGUGCAUGUGAGGCCUAAUUUGCAUAGGUCACCACCUAUUAUUUCCUAUAUAAGGUCAAAAAUGUGCCGUGCGCAACAGGCAGCUGGAGGCGGAGAUGGCAACGUGCAAGGGCAAGACUGAGGAGCAGCUGGACAACAAACGAAAGAAAAACUUCAAUUCUACAGAAAUAGAGGUGCUUUUACAAGGAGUGAGCGAACACAAGACCACCUUAUUUUCACGUGUAUCCACCGGUCAUCAGGCCAUCCAAAAAGAGUCGGCAUGGAGCACCAUCGCAGGAAACAUAAAUGCCGUUUCCACGGAGAAACGCACCACCGCAGACGUUAAAAAGAAGUGGUUUGACUUAAAAUAGACAAAAAAAAAAGAUUAAACUCCACCGGAGGGAUCUGGAGGAAACGGGAGGUGGGCCAUCAAUCAGAAACCAAACCAUUUCGGAAACUCUAGAAAAUAUUGUAUAAAUAAAAAUCAUAUAUCAUGAUGGAAAAAUAAAGUCAAAAUACAUAGUUUGUGUGUGACAAUAUAUUUUUUCUGUGGUUACAUUUGAUUAGACGCUGCAGGAGCGUGUACGUGUGUGCUUUUGGUUGUACAUUUGUUCUUGUGGGGUCUGCGGAUUAUUCAAUGGUGUCAUGAGCCAAGGUGCCAGGGCAUAGCCUUGAUCACCUGUAAAAUAAGUUAAUGGCCACAUAACAACAUGCAAAAGGCAAAAAUUAACAUUUUACGCACCGAUUAACCGGUAUUAACCGUCGCAUGCUGCGCCAUGACUCAGGCGCAUUCCAGCGGAGGAAUUUCGGAAAAUGUAGGAGUCGUGUGUACCUCCAGGGAAACUUGCAACAUUAUUCACAAUCUUGUUGCGAAUCUGAGAUUAUUUGGAUAUUAAUUGAGUGAUACCGUUUGCGAUUGAGGUAGGGAAAUGGAUGAAUGAAUUAGGAUUUGAAUAUAUAUUUAUCCAUGGAGUAUAUUUGAGUUGUUUUGAUGAUAAAUAAUUGUUGGGAUAUUUUAUUUGCACUACAUUUUUUGGGAUCGGGUUGCAAAAUCCAUCAUGAGGGAGAUUGCGCAUUGAAAGUGCAAGCUUUGCUUGUGCGUAAGAGUCCUCCUGAGCGUUCGUAGAAUUUGUUCUUAGAUCUAAGAACUGUGAGUUAAGAACACGUUUCGUGAAUGCCAAAAAUCUUCGUAAGAAGGCUUUACGAACACAUUUGUGCGUAAGAACGUUUCGUGAAUGAGGCCCAUUGAGCAGAAGCUCUCUCAUAUGCCCCACAGUGCUACUCUGCCUUGUUCGAUUUGCCCCAGGCAUGUGCCCAGGCCUGUAAAAAUUGACUUCACCUCUUGUAGGUUUUCAUUUUCAUUCUUUUUUUUUGUGCGUGAAAUGGGCUACGGGUCACUGAUGUGUCUAAAAUGACAACCUCAUAGAGUAUGUAUAUAUAUAUAUGAGGUUAUACACACUACACAGUCCUGUGGACAGAUGCACUUCCCACAUCUGGAUAACUGGUAGAGAUUUACUGUAAGAUGUGUAGCGAAGCCUGAUUUUAUUUGUUUAUAUUUUUUUGGAGGGGCGGCUCAGAGGCAGUAUCCAUGACAAAAGAGGUCUUUUAGAACAUCAUCAAAGUGUCACUUUUGCAUAAUAGGGGACCUAUAAGAUUGGAGGACCUGAUUGAGUUCUGGUUGGGUUCCAUGGCAUUGAAUUGAUCGCAACUGGACUGUUUAGGUUGUCUUAGAAGAGGUUUUGCCUCUCAUCCGAGCAGGCUUCAUCAGGUCAUACUUAAAGACUAGAUAGGCCAGCUAUAGUCUGUGAAAACCAUUCCUGUCUGGACAUGCCUCCUUCUAUUGAAGAUAAAUACAGUGGAUCUUGCACCAAUUCCUCAGACGGGGGGUGUCCUAUCCAGUCAUUGAGCAUGAACUGAUGAAGCCUGCUUGGAUGAGAGGCAAAAUGUCUUCUAAGACAACUGAACAGUCCAGUUGCGAGCGAUUCAAUGCCCUGAGAAUACAAGGACCUGGCUGACUGAGAAUAUUCACAAGACUGCUUGAGGGCUGACCCAACACUUUUGUCAAAUGAGUAACGUUCCACCCGUCAAGCGAGUCUCGCCCUCUUUGCCAGUGGACAGUUUUUGCCUCACUUGGACUCAAUCCAAGACCACCAAACCUGCUGAGUCAUGAACUGUGAUUGUAAAAAAAAACAACUCACGAAUUGCAUGUUGUAUGUUUUAUGUUCAACGUCAAUCUUAUAAUUCUGGCAUAUUACACCUUGAAUGUAAACUUUUAAAUAUGUUGUCAGUGUUUGACAAAGACACAGUGUGUAUGUGUGUGUGUGUGUGUGUGUGUGUGUGUGUGUGUCUGUGUCUGUUCUGUAAAUAUGAUGUACUAUAUGAUAUAUGAAAUGUACAUUUGCUCCCAAUGAAGUGAUGUUCCAUUUGUUUAUUCUUUGUACAAAAUGUCUCUGAUUGUUUUUAAUUUAUUUUUAUAAAUAAAAAUGUUGAUAAAUUUGUGUACGGCAUUUUGGUAUUUUUGGUGAUGACUUUGCAAAAAUAUUAGGACACCAACAGAUAAUACAGUAAAUUAUCCAAUGAUCGCCGCCGUUCAAUUCUCUUGUAGUCAGGGACAAAACACAUUAGCAGCUGUGGCUGUACUAUAUGCAGAUGAGCUGACGUCUGCACUGACACUCAAUGUGAACUUCAGGAUUAUUUCUCUGUUUUUUUGUCAAUAUUCAAACAAUAACAAAAGUGUCACUGAUUCAAAUUCAGAAAUAUUGUGAUUUUUAUUUGAGUGCAAUUUUUGCUAAAAGAGCCAGUACAUUUAAUUUUAU